AGAGGUACGAAAGGAGCGGAGCCGCGGAUGGGAAGGGCAGCCGGUCCGUGCUGUCUGUGCCGCCGUUCGCCAAGGAGCUGCACCUGGAGAUCGUGUGCUCGCCGGCGUACAACAGCCGGGGGAGCUACGGCUGCGUGCUCUACAGGCACUUCGAAACGCCGCGGCUGGUCCAAGAGGGAGAUAUCCUGUGUGUUCCAACAUUUGGAAAUGCUGAGUUUAUAGAACUAAAUGCAGACAAGUUCCUAAGGUGGCCAGAGCUUUAUUUCAAGGUGAAGAAGAUCGUAGGCAUGGUGGAAGGCGAGCAGUCCGAGGGUUACCUGGUGGACACCCAGAACACGUCUCUCUAUCUGGUGGGCUCAACAAACAGCACUGUCCCAUCUGCCCCAGCCCGUAACAGCAGUGAGUUCUGGAGCAGUUUGUCUCCUGCAGGGCUUUCUGACGUGGUGAAGCAGCUCUGCGAUGCCCUCCGGCCCCACCUGCGCCGUCGGGCCAGCGCGCUGAGCGGCGUGGGCAGCGUGCUGCUCUCGGGGCCCGGCGGCAGCGGGAAGCUGGUGGCUGUCAGAGCUGUGUGCAGCUGCCUCAACCUCCACCUCCUCAAGGUCGAUUGUGUCAGUUUGUGCAGUGACACCAGUGCAGCCACAGAGGAGAAAGUGCAGGUGGCCUUCAGCCAGGCCCAGCAGUACCAGCCCUGUGUGCUCCUGCUCAAAGACAUCGAGGUGCUUGGCAGAGAGCGAGACGGGCUCGGGGAGGACGCCAGGGUCAUUGCUACCCUCAGGCAGCUGCUCCUGGACACAGAGCCAGCACUGAGCCACCCCGUGCUGGUGAUUGGCACAACCUGCAAGCCCCAGGAUGUUCCCACAGAUGUGCAGACUGCUUUCCUCCAUGAGGUGAAGAUUGAGGCCCCUUCAGAGGAGCAGAGGAGGUUGAUGCUGAGCAUGCUGACUGCCAGCCUGCCUCUGGGCAAAGAAGUGAGCCUGUCCAAGCUGGCCCGCAGGACUGCAGGAUUUGUGCUGGGAGAUUUCUGUGCCUUGUUGUCCCACAGCAGCCGGGCUGCUUGCACCCGCAUCCAGGCCUUGAGUUUUCCAGGCGGGCUGAGCGAGGAAGUGGAGAGGGAUUUUUGCACUGCAGGGUUCCCGGUGCUCGAGGAGGAUUUUAGUGCUGCACUGGAGCAGCUGCAUGAUGCCCACUCACAGGCCGUGGGAGCCCCAAAGAUCCCCUCAGUGUCCUGGCAGGAUGUUGGUGGGCUGCAGGAGGUGAAGAAGGAGAUCCUGGACACUAUCCAGCUGCCCUUGGAGCACCCAGAGCUGCUGUCCCUGGGUCUGUGCCGCUCUGGGCUGCUGCUGUACGGGCCUCCAGGGACAGGGAAGACCUUGCUGGCAAAAGCUGUGGCAACAACAUGCACCAUGACAUUCCUGAGUGUGAAAGGACCAGAGCUCAUCAACAUGUACGUCGGGCAAAGCGAGGAGAACGUGCGCAAUGUGUUUGCCAGAGCCAGGGCAGCUGCUCCCUGCAUUAUCUUCUUUGAUGAGCUGGAUUCCCUGGCCCCCAGUCGUGGGCGAAGUGGAGAUUCAGGGGGUGUCAUGGACAGAGUUGUCUCACAGCUCCUUGCAGAGCUUGAUGGCCUUCAUUCCAGCAGAGAGGUGUUUGUCAUUGGAGCCACCAACAGGCCUGACCUCCUGGACCCAGCUCUGCUACGGCCGGGCAGGUUUGACAAGCUGGUCUACGUGGGCAUCAACGAGGACCGGGAGUCACAGCUGCAGGUGCUGAGUGCUGUCACCAGGAGGUUUAAACUGGAUCCUUCUGUGAAUCUCACCACCAUCCUAGAAAAAUGCCCAGCUCAGCUGACAGGAGCAGACAUCUAUGCCCUGUGUUCAGAUGCCAUGAUGUGUGCUGUCAAACGCAAGGUGGAGUGGAUUGAGGAAGGGCUGGAUACCGAGAAGUCUGCUCUGAUCCUGACCAUGGAAGACUUUCUGCAGGCUGCUGCCAGGUUGCAGCCAUCAGUCUCUGAGCAGGAGCUGCUCAGGUACAGACUCAUCCAGCAGAAGUUUGCAGCCUCCUAAAGCUCAGCAGAGCUGGGACUGCAGAACAGGCACAAACAGGCACUGCCUGCUCUCCUCUGAUGCCUCCUGGGCUCCCUUCUUUUGAGCUUGGAUGGAAAUGGUGACUGUGCAGUUUCCCAAGCCAAGGCCUGCUGGAAGUGCUGCUCUGCUCACCCAGGAGGGUGGUGGGCUCUGUGAGGGUCCCUCAGGUGUCAGCAGUGCAUUGUGGCUGCUGGGAACGUAGCAGGGUGAUUUCCAUGCAGGGACAGAGCUGUGGGCAGUGUAGGGGUGUCUCCAUGGCUGAGAGGCCAUUCUUUGGUGGGGGAGCAAGGCUCAAACUGCACCUGCAGGGCUGGAGGCAGCUGCUGUUUGACUGUCAGCCCCCAAUGAGAGGUGCUGGCCAGAGGGGCAGCAGGACACAGGGCACUGCUGCUCCAGCUGCCCUGGACUUGACAUAGUCUCUAAAUAAAUACAGGUGUUUUAGCACUAG